AUGGUUAUGAACUACGCCUCAAACGUCAAAUCAACAGAUAUUAGUGAAAGAUCUCAACUGAAGCAUGAUAAGAACUUUAAUCAUAGAUUUUCUCUUGCCAUGGAUGAAUGGACUUCAUCGAGAAAUCGGAGUUUUAUAAAUUUAAACGUUCACACAUUUGCUGAAGGUCGGCCCAUAUUCUGGAAUUUAGGAUUGACUCGAAUCAUUGGAACUAGGCAUUUUAGAUGUGAUCUACAAAAAACAGCUAAAAGUGUUGUUUUAAAUACUGAGGAGAGUGAAACCCAUAUGGAUGCUAUGGACAGCAAGAGUUCAGAGGAUGAAGGAGACGACGAAACAAAUGCAGGGUUUGUUGUUAAGCUUACCACAAGUGAAGAAGCGGAAAUAUCUCUUGAGAACGGCGAUCUUAUAAGAAAAAUUUGA